AUGUCGAUAAAGGCAAAAUUCAGGGGGUGCGGUCAUUUCUUGAGGUUCUCCCUCUCCCUACUUAUUCUGCUGCUGUGUAUUUUAUCGAAGGGAACGAUCGGUGCAGAGGUACAAUCUUUGGGAGAAGGCUACAAAAUACCCCACAUUAGCAGAUUCCCAUUUUGUAAGAAUUUCAAUUUGGGAGGAUUUGCAGAGGAAUGUAAAAUUGACAUAAAGAACAAUCUAAUAGACCUGAAGGAUUUAUUGGAAAGCGACGACCCAAAGGUUCCAUGCGAAAUAACCAGAGAUGAAUUGAAGAAGAGGAUUGCGUAUUGUAGAUUCUUCUUCGUCUGUAAGAGAAGAGCACCUGAUGCAAUUUAUGCGUAUAUUCAUUAUUUAAGAGUUAAGUACUAUACUAUGAUAAGUGGGUUAAAAAAGACAUUUCUAGAAUUAGCAUCUGAAAAUGAACUACCGGAAGAUGUGCAGAAGGUAUACUGGAGACGAUGUGAAGACGAACUUUUAAAAGAAUUAGAAAUAAUGGAAAACACCUCUGAGGAGUACUUUCAAGCAUUGAUGGAUAACAAAGUUGUUUUCACAAUGCACUUUAACUGGGCCAUGGGAUCCCAUGAGACCUAUUGGUAUUCGGAAAUGUUCAAAAAGGAACUCAAGUGGAACGAAAUCCUCUACGAUUGGGCCAAUAAUUACGCACUGCGUUCAGGGGAAAUAUCAAUAGUAAGGUCGUUAAAAGUGCUCAUAUAUUUAAGGUCAAAAUUGGCUUCCGUUUUGUAA